CUGAGGAACCAAAUAGAUUUUGGUUACCUUCAGGAGUUAGGUUCCUUCCCAUAGCUCAGCUGUUAUUUGAUUCAAGAAUUUUGGUUGUCAUCCUUACAAAAGGAAGACCAAAAUGAACUGUUUUUCAUGUUGCACGUCGGAGGAGACACUAACAAAAAGGUCAUUACAGAAGAGCAUCAAGGAAUAUCAUGACACAAGAGUCUUGGCUUCGUUUGCCAAUAUUUCCUUCAACAGUGAUAACAGCAAAAAGAGACUCAUAGGCCAAGAAAUAACUAAAGGGGGCAAAGGCAAUGUAAUUUUCAGAUACCGUGAGAUAUGCACAGCCACUAACAACUUCAACCCUCGCAAUCAAAUUGGUGAAGGUGGCUUUGGUAGAGUCUAUAAAGGACUUAUUGAAAACUCAAAUAAAGUUGUUGCUGUGAAGCAGCUUGAUAAGAAUGGAUAUCAAGGGAACAGAGAAUUCCUGGUUGAGCUAUUGAUGUUGGUUCUUCUUAAACAUCCUAACCUUGUUGAAUUGGUUGGAUAUUGCAUAGAAGGGGAUCAAAGGAUUUUGGUCUAUGAAUACAUGGCUAAUGGCUCCUUGGAGGAUCAUCUUAUAGAUUUACCUCCAAACAAGAUGCCAUUGGAUUGGAAUACUAGGAUAAAAAUCGCGGUAGGAGCGGCUAAAGGCCUUGAAUACAUGCAUGAAAUAGCUAAUCCUCAAGUGAUAUACCGAGACUUUAAAACAUCAAACAUAUUACUAGACCAGGAUUUCAAUCCAAAGCUCUCUGAUUUCGGACUCGCAAAGGUCAGUCCAUCCGGAGAUAAUUCGCAUGUAUUCACCAGUGUUAUCGGAACCUACGGAUACUGUGCACCUGAAUAUAUACAAAUCGGCCAGUUAUCGACGAAAUCCGAUGUUUACAGCUUUGGGGUCGUGUUUUUGGAGCUCAUCACAGGAAGAAGAGCAGUAGACAAUUCAAGACCACCGCGAGAAAGGAAUCUUGUUUCUUGGGCAAAACCUUUAUUGAAUCACAGAAAGAAGUUCGUAUUAUUGGCUGAUCCAUUGCUCGCUGGAGAUUAUCCCAUUAAGGGCCUCCACCACGCACUUACGGUUGCAGCAAUGUGUCUGCAGGAAGAACCGUCUCUUCGGCCAUUGAUGAGUUACGUCGUAAGGUCCCUCAAGUGCUUAAUUACAUACAGUGAACCAGCAGAAGGGAAGAAUAUGAAGCAUUAUCAAAUGGUGGACGAAUCUAACUGCAUCAUAUAAUAUAUUAUUUAUAUAUAUAUGAACGAAG